AUGGUCAACUCCUGUUGUGGCUCCAUCUGCUCUGGCCAGGGCUGUGGCCAAGAGAACUGCUGCUGUCCUACCUGCUGCCAGACUACCUGCUGCAGGACCACCUGCUGCCGUCCCAGCUGCUGCGGUUCCAGCUGCUGUCGCCCCAGCUGCUGCAUCUCCAGCUGCUGCCGCCCCUCCUGCUGUGGUUCCAGCUGCUGCCGACCCACCUGCUGCCAGACCACCUGCUGCAGGACUACCUGCUGCCGCCCCAGCUGCUGUGGCUCCAGCUGCUGCCGUCCCUCUUGCUGUGGAUCUAGCUGCUGUGGUUCUGGCUGCUGCCGUCCCUCUUGCUGUGGUUCUAGUUGCUGUGGUUCUGGCUGUUGCCGCCCCACCUGCUGCCAGACCACCUGCUGCAGAACCCAAUGCUACCGCCCCAGCUGCUGUGUGUAG